UUUUGGUUCAACGAAGUCUAAUUUCCCAACUCAGUCAUCCAAACAGAAAAUUCCAAUACCCAGUUUCUCCCAUUAUCAAGCCCAUUCCCGUAAUGCUUCUCUAUCUUUCGUACACCUCAAAGCUCAAAACCCUAUAAAACCCUGAACCCAUAAAUUCAAACUGAGCUCAUUUUCCACAGUGCAAAUGGCUUUGGCAAUUUCUCAUGCUUUUCACUGCCCCAAAUUGCAGUUUUCCCAGAGGAAUUUCCGACCUAAAGUCCCAGAGUUAAGGUUCCAGCCUUCUUUCUUCAGAACAAUUCCACAGAAUACAAGGAUAAUUUGUGCGGCUGCGUCUGCAGCUGGAAGUUCUAAUCCAGACAGUGAUUUAAACCCAUAUGAGGUUCUCGGUGUGAGCCCCAUUGAGGGGUUUGACAUGAUCAAGGCAGCAUAUACAAAAAAACACAAGGAGGCUGUAAGGAGCGGUGAUGAAGCAACUGCUGCCAGACUGGAGAAAGCAUAUGACAAAGUCAUGAUGGCACAGCUAAGUAAUAGGAAGAAAGGUGUGACGUUUGGUUCCUUCAAGGUCUCAAAGGACAUAAAAUAUGCUGAUAAGCAACCAAUUGUACCAUGGGGGCCUAGGUUCACCAAGUCUACUGUACAAGAUAUGCGCAUCAACCUGGCAAUAUCUGCUGUAUUUAUUGCUUGGCUUCUUAUCAAGCGGAAUGCUGAAUAUAAACCCCUGCAGUUUUUAACUUUUGCAUUUGUUUAUCGGAUCUUUGAGAAGUUGAAAUCCUUUGAACCACCUGUAUCUCCAACAUAUACAGAAGAUGGUGAGGAGGUAGGGAGAGGACUGCAAAUGGGAAAACGGCUGCUUCGUUCUCUUGCCCUAGUGUUUGGCUGUAUUGCUGUUGCUUCUCUGGGAUACACCGGUCUUCUUUACAAUAACCAGGAAUUGAUAAUCACCACAGCAACUGCAGUCAUGCUCUACAUUCUGGCAUCAUAUUAUAGGUGAUGAAAAAUGUUUGUAAAUCGGAGAGACAUGCAGCAGCAAGCUAUCCUGAGCCAACUACUGAUGCUAUUCUGUACCAAUUUAGCUGUCAAAUUUCUUUUAAAAUGAGAAAUCAAUGUUGUAAGUUGAAAUUUUGAGAGGAAGGCUAUUCGAAUUCGGUUUUAUCUUGUGUUGCGUUGUAUGAAAAUUCAUUUUUUUC